AUGGAUAAUUUGAUGGAAAUGUUCGCACAACUUCGCGACACCAACGUCACAAAGACAAUUCAUCGUCAGCCGUAUGCUGCCAUUUCUCCAAAGAGGCCUGAGCUCAGCCAAGCCGGGAAAGUUGUCCUCAUUCCCGGAGGCGGCACAGGCGUUGGCUAUGGCAUCGCGCGUAGCUUUGUACAAGCUUCUGCAGAUACCGUCAUCCUUAUUGGUCGUCGUGUCAAAAUCUUAGAGGAAGCUGCCGCCAAGCUGGAGGAGGAGGCCAGGAAGUCCAAUACCAACACCAAGAUCAUCCAACAGGCUUGCGAUAUGACUAAUCUCGAUGAAACGAAGGCAUUUUGGGAUUUUCUCACUAAGAACGGCGUAACCGUCGAUGUCCUUGUCGCAAAUGUUGCAAAGUUUUCGGAGCCUAAACCAAUUCUUGAGCUCGGUUCAGACGAGGUCUGGUCUCAGUUGGAAGUCAACGUCAAAUCCCAUUUGUAUUUUACGGAGCAAUUUUACUCCCAAUCCAAUGGGAAGAAAAAGUAUCUCAUCAACGUGUCUUCUCAGGUAAUCCACAUGACAGCCCAUGCUGGGGUUGCCCAGCGUCCGGCCUAUACGUUGUCAAAGAUGGCUGCAACGCUACUUUUCCAAGUUAUCGCUCAGAAUACCCCUGUUACAGAUUUGCAAGUUAUUAGCUUCCAUCCAGGACUCGUUUAUAACGAUGCUUGGAGUUCAUUGGGAUUAACGCCAGAUUUGUUCGAUAGUGAUGAAAUCUGCGGUGGAUUUGCGGUCUGGGCAGCUACCGAGCAGGCGCAGUUCCUUCACGGCAGAUUCGUAUGGUCGUCAUGGGACGUGGAUGAAUUGGCGAAGGGUGAGGUUCGGAAGCGGAUUGAUGAAGACCCUUACUUCUUGAGGAGUUCCAUCGUUGGCCUGAAUGGGGCCUUUUUAAUGUAA